UGGUGUCUGUUGAACGGGUUGUGGAAGUCGUGCUGCCUUGGGUAGGGGUUUAAAGUCGUUCUUGAGAGAAACGUCUCUGUCCGAAGAGAAAAUGAGUUUAACUCUGAGAAGUGAGCUUGUAGUAGACAAAACAAAGAGGAAAAAAAGAAGAGAACUCUCUGAGGAGCAGAAACAAGAAAUUAAAGAUGCUUUUGAACUAUUUGACACAGACAAAGAUGAAGCAAUAGAUUAUCAUGAAUUAAAGGUGGCAAUGAGAGCCUUGGGGUUUGAUGUAAAAAAAGCUGAUGUACUGAAGAUUCUUAAAGAUUAUGACAGAGAAGCCACAGGGAAAAUCACCUUUGAAGAUUUUAAUGAAGUUGUGACAGACUGGAUAUUGGAAAGAGAUCCACAUGAAGAAAUAUUGAAGGCAUUUAAACUGUUUGAUGAUGAUGAUUCAGGUAAAAUAAGCUUGAGAAAUUUGCGACGUGUUGCCAGAGAAUUGGGUGAAAACAUGAGUGAUGAAGAACUUCGGGCUAUGAUAGAAGAAUUUGAUAAAGAUGGUGAUGGAGAAAUAAAUCAAGAGGAGUUCAUUGCUAUUAUGACUGGUGACAUUUAAAGAAUUACAAGGAUAAACACUAAGAAUGUUGCAGUUAUCAUCUUAUAUUCUAUUUUUGUGCCUGGAGCCAUGUUAAAAAAAACCAACGUACUUCUUUUUUCCAAAAGGACCAAAAAUAAGCAUCUUAUGUAUUCAUAUUUUACUACUGUUAAGUUUCUUUGUAUGAACCAUAUUCUA